AUGCUCGUUAUCACACUGUUAGUUCUUUCUUUUUUAGAAUCAUUCCACGUCCAUGGAUACUCUGAAAAGCAAAAGCCAUACUCAGCCACAGGGCUUCCUCAACAGGGGCCUUUAUACAAUUAUGGGUCAUAUGGGUUUGUCUCAACCCCAAAAGUGUUUGGAGGUAUUCCAAUGGGAAACCUUGUGGUGAUUGGAAGAGAAAAAGACAUAAAGCUUAAUGUGAUUCUAUUCCAGCCAAUAAAGGAUGCUGAGUUAUACAACUUAAAAGUAGCUCCUCAAACGAAGAAAAACCAAAAAGGUGCAGGAAGUUCGUCUGAAGAGGUUCUCGCUGUAUCGCCACUUGGUAUUGUUGGAAAAUUCCCAUACGAUGAAAGAAACCCAGGACAGUACUUUGAGAUAGAGAUCUCUAAGAACUACCCAGAAUAUUUUAAGCUUAAGUUCAAUGGGUUGUGCAUAACCCCAGACAGAAAUCAGCUGCUAAAACUAUCCAUAUGCUGGCAGGAAACCAGCAGAGUAAUCACAAAGCAGUUAUUCAAAUUUUAUAAACAAGACAUUCCAUCGCCAGAUCCAAUAUAUAUUAAAAAGGGAAUAUCACCAUACUACUUUAGAGGAUGCGCGCCAUGCAACCGCUCUAUUCCAGAUCCUUCAAAUGGAGAGUAUCUACUUGUUAAUAGUAAGUACUGCGAAGAAAACUGUAAAAACAAAGAUCCUACAAAUCCAAAUACAAAACCUGAGGACCAACAUGUUCCAAAGAAUCAACCCAAACAAGAGUACCAGCAGCCUCCAUCAAAUCCAUCGUACUCAAAUCCAUCAUACUCAAAUCAAGAAAAUCAGCCAUCUUAUGCACCGGCACCAGCACCAGCACCAGCGCAUAGACCUUCACCAGCACCACAGCCCGCGCAUGCACCGACUAAUAGGCCUACCCACGAGCCUGCCUACGCACCUGCGCCAGCUACUCCUUCUGCUCCUCCUCUUGAAUCUGAGACAGCACCUGCGCCAGCACCCGAGCCAGCGCCUGAGCCAGCAUCUGCACCAACACCUGCGCCAGCACCUGCAUCAGAAACUGAGCCAGCGCCAGCGCCAGCUCCUCCUUCUGAGCCAGAAACUGCUCCUGUACAAUCUUCUACCACUACUACUUACCACCAUUCAACGAGACCUAUGGCUUAG